ACCGCACUCCUCUUUUUCUCUAAAUCUCUUGCUCUCCUCCCGGAGUGAAAAGUUCGAAGGAAAUACGUGUUUUCUGCGCAUCGAUGCUAUUUUUAUCUGAAUAUGUGAUCGGUUGGAUGUAACAUUUAAAAUGGGAACUAUUUCGCUAGCCGUUCAAUUAUUUAUUGUUUUCCUUCUAACUUCCUAUUUAUUGAAUAAGUACUCAACAAUCCGAAAGCAAAAUCCAAUUGUGACGAUAUCCACGUUUAUUGGAUGGUAUUUCUCGCUAAUUAUUGUGUUCGUUCUCCCUCUUGAUGUGGCAAUUACAUUCUUCCACAAAUGCGAGAACGAUCGACAGCGAAUUCUAAACACAACAACAUCGACGCCGGCGCCUGUUGUUCCGGAAUGCGAACUUCCCGGCGGUUACGUCCCCGAUGAUGUUCUGUUCAACCUCUGGCGCGUUGUAUAUUGGAGUGCACAGCUUCUUACAUGGCUCAUACUUCCUCUUCUUCAAAGCUACGUAACAGCUGGAAACUUUACGAUUCUUGGGAAAAUCCGUGCGGCAGUGAUCAAUAAUGCUCUCUACUACGCUAUUUAUUCGUUAUGCUUUCUAGCGAUUCUCAUUUAUGCAAUGUUUAAGGGUGUUUCUAUUAACAUAGAAAACCUAAAAGUCAUCGUGGUCUCUGCAUCGAACACAUGGGGAUUAUUCUUGCUUGUAGUGUUGCUUGGACACGGGCUCGUCGAGCUGCCACGUAGUCUCUGGCACCAUGGAAAUCGACACUAUCGAUUACGAAAAACCUAUUUCGACAUCGAAAAGCUUGCGUCAGAGAAGAGUGAAGCAGAGGAAAAUGUGAAAGAUAUUUAUAAGAAAGUAAGAGUGCUAUUCAAUUCGAUGAAAAAUGACUCAAAUGGCCAGCGGAGAAAAGUCCGAACAAUUCUUUCAAAAUUCAGCGAUGACGUCAUCGAUAACCUGUUCCCAUCUCGUCAAGUAAUCGAUAAUGCUCAUCUCGAUGAAAGCGGACCGUGUUCUGAAGCUAAAUUGAUUAGUCUUCACAAAAAGACAAUUUAUGCGGUGCAGACGCUUAAUAAUGCGACGGCGCAGUGGAAAGUUCUCGUGGAUCGUGCUCUCUUUCUGGAAAACCUGGCGUUCUCCGAAUCCAAUGGCUACAAUCUGGAACUAUCCAGGAACACUUGCGUGCCGAUUGGAGUCCGAAGAUUCUGGUACACACGACUACAAACUCCAUUCUGUCGGAUUCUGGGAAUUGUCACCGUUUUCAUGACUUUCUUCGUUCUUUUCUCGGAAUGCACGUUCUUUGUCGUCUCGUACACAUUAUCGCCGGCGGCGUUUGUCACGGAAUAUGCUUCGACACGGUUUCAUUAUAAGUAUACUCAGUUCGUUGCAUUUGGAAUUAUUGUGUACUUGAUAACCAGCGCAUACUUCACAAUAUUUCGUCUUCAAAUCUAUAAAUACUAUCAUUUGGAUCCAAAUGGGCACACAGACGAGAAUAGUAUUUUAUUCAGUGCUAUACUCCUUUGCCGAUUAACACCGCCGAUAUGCCUAAACUUCCUCGGAAUGAUUCAUAUGGAUUCUCAUAUUUCUAUGGCGAAAAGUUUUGGAAUCGAAACUCAAUUCACAAAAUUAAUGGGUCAUCUCGAUGUCAUUCCGAUUCUGGCGAAAGGAAUCAAUAUUUAUCUUCCAAUUUGCAUCAUCCUCCUUUGUGCAAUUCAUUACUACAGAGUUGGCGCCUAUGUGCUUCAUAAUAUUGGAUUUGAUCAGUUUGUUGAAGCAGAUGAAAUGACAAAUGAUAUGAUUAAUUCUGGACGAUCUCUGGUGCAAAUCGAACGGAAUUCUAUCAAAAGAUCGAAUGACAGGAGCCAGAGAACUCAAAAUUGGACAAAUUCUUUUGGAAGCAGCAACGCCGGGAACGGGAGCACCACAUCGAAAUUCAAACGAUCCAACAAAAAUGAUGAAGAACGACCAAUGUUGGAGGAUGAUGAUGAAGAAGUAGAAGAGAGUAGCACCAGAAUCUCAAUGAUGUCGCCAACGGAACAUCCAUCGUCGAGUGGAUUCUUCGACGAUAUGUGAAAUGUAGAAAUAAAUACUAGAUCUCAGAAAUGUUAUGGGGAAACUAAAUUAAAAAUGCUUGUAAAUGUGUGUAUAUCAUUAUUAAUUUAUUGCAACACGUUGAUGAUUAAUGAAAUAUAAUAGUUUGUUAUUCUGAUUUUAUUUAUUCUCUUGACGCUUAACAAUGGUUUUCGUUCCA